GGAGGGACAGAGAAAGGGGGAGAGAAAGAAAGAAAAGAGCCUGUGCGUGUUUUCGCAGGCGGAGUUUCGUUCUUGCGCACCGUUGGAAUUCACUGUCUCUGUAUUUUUUUCCUCGGGAUUGCUUGAGGAGACAGAAGGAGCGAGAACGCGCCGUAAGCGAGCAGAUGCUAUAGCUGGACUGUCCCUGUUUCCAGCCUGACAAUCGAGCGUAUCAUCUACUAAAAUGUGGCAGCCUGCGUCGGAGCGAUUGCAGCAUUUACAGACCAUGCUAAAGACCAAACUGAACGUGCUGACGCUCCGGAAGGACCCGCUGCCUACAGUGAUCUUUCAUGAGCCAGAAGCCAUCGAGCUGUGCUCCACCACACCUCAUACGAAGAACCGUGCACACACAGGAUAUAAGGUGACCUACCUUGGAAAGGUGACGAUUUCCGGCACUCAUUUCCUGUCUGGCUGCACAGAGUCGGCAGUGGUGGGAUUAUGGGACACAAAGCAGACGUCUGUCGCCCACGAUGACUCAAUCACCUCUAGCAACGCCAUAUUGGAAAUCCGGCCAUUCCAGGUACGGCUACAUCACCUGGACGGACGGGGUGAGGCCACUGUCGCCAUGGACACCUUCCAGGUGGCUCGCAUCGCGUACUGCACGGCGGAUCACGACAUCAGCCCGAACGUGUUCGCGUGGAUCUACCGACAAAUCAACGACGAUCUAACGUUCCAGAUGGACUGCCAUGCCGUGGAGUGCGAGAGUAAACUAGAGGCCAAAAAACUGGCGCACUCCAUGAUGGAAGCCUUUAAGAAAACCUUCCACAGCAUGCGCAGCGACGGACGCAUCCACAAGAGCGGCUCGUCCGACGAGUUCCCCGAGGAGUUAAGCACACCCGACGAUGGCUGAGAGAUGGGACGGAGGGGUUGAACUUCUCUUAAGCGGGGGGUUGGGAACGGGGCGCUCUCGCGCUCUUUAUGUCUUUGUGCCAUAAUAGAAUAUUCAGAAAAAUAACCACAGCAAAUAGAGAACGCAAACGGAAACUCAAACCACAAACCAAGAGACUAGUCUGCCUUUUUUCGAUCUCGGCUGCCAGACAGAUCGUGCCCAUUUUACUAAAGCAUCCGAGCGUCAGCGUCAUCAUGAAGUACUUUACCACAGUCACACUCCCACUUGAAAGCUGCUGGUUUUGAUAUGGCGCGUGUGAAGUGGCAAGAACUUGUUACACGUUCACCUGUUAUUUUCUUUCGUUUAGCCAAUCAAAACCUUUGGGGGGGUUCGGAUUUGGGAAUUCCUGAUGUGCGUGUUGUUUUUUAGAUAACGCAGAGGUGUAUAUCCUCUGCUAAGUAGAGUUUAAGAGAGAUAAAAAUGAUAUAAUUUUGAUAUUUAUGGCAGGCAGCCAGUCUAGGGCAUUUCUUUACCUUUAUCGGGCCAUAGAAGCGUAAUUAUAGGGACCAUGCAUUGAUUUCUAUGGGGUUUUUUUGUUGUUGUUUUUUUUUUUUUUUAAGAUACCAAAAGUCAGUAUGUGUGUGUGUGUGUGUAUGUGAUCUAGAGUUUGUUUGUCUGUAGCUCAUGAGCCUUUGAUUAACUAUGGAACGGGUUCUCUAUUACAAGCUAAGUGUGCUUGUCUGUCUAGCGUAGUUUAGUACAUUUAUGUGAGUGUGAUGUGUUUUCCAAUAGAAAAUACUAGCGUGCCUGUUAAACUGAAAGAGAGACGUUCCGGAUACAUCAAUAUUUUAAAGAGAUGGUUCAAAAAUGCAAAAGGUCAUCAUUUACUGGCCCUCAAGUUAUUCUAAGCCUGUAUAAGUAUUUUUUUCUCUCGCCCACAAACAAUACCCAAACAGUUGACUUAAGCCAUAGAGGCGGAGCGCAUUUAGGCCACGCCCACACCUCUUCAUUGACUUUGUAUUGCAGGAAGCUGCUGCCUUGUCAUUUCUGACUUAUAACAUAAAAACAGAACAAUGUCUAAAAGCUGUUAUGUGACAGUGUGUACAAUAAACAAGCUAAAGACCCAGAAAUACGUUUUUAUAAUCUGUCAACCCAAAAAAACAAGUGUUUAAGGACACAAAUAGUUGUAGAUGUCAUGUAAUUUCAUGCUGGGCCAUUCCAAAGUCCCUUUAAGUAUUCUAUAGUCUUUGGCCAUUCAGUUUCUCCAACAAAAGGAAGGUAAGGAAAAGGAGCACUAACUUAGACCAAUAAAAAUAAGUUUCUCAAUAUCUCCUCCUUUUAGGUUUACAUAGGGUGGUGAAAUAUUCCUUUGACUUGGUUAAAAAAAUUGGUUAAGUUUCUGUUGCUGAUUAAGUUUCCCUCCAUUUAGCAUAGUUUUCAGAAUAAUAUGACAAGAUGCGCUCUACUUUUGUGUCCUUAAACGCUCGUUUUUGGGGGUCGACAACGUUUUUAGCUUGUUUACUGUACAUUUCGUCUCAUAGUAGCUUUUAGACAUUGUUUUUUGUUACAAGUCAGAAAUGACAAGGAGGCAGCUUCCCACAAUACAAGUCAAUGGAGAGUGUUGUGGGCGUGGUUUUCAGAUUAUUAUGCGUGUUGCUCUGUUUCUAUUCGCUUGUUAAGUCUGACGUCAAGCGUUCCAGGUCCAAACGCUCUAUCGGAUGACAUGAGAAAACAACAAACGGUACUAAUUAUACACUCACAAUGUGAUUAUAAUACUACUAAAAAAAUUAUAAAUCAUACCCUUUAACUCCAUACCGAAAUCCCAGAUUGAUAAUAUAUGAUAACAAUGAUAAUAUAAAUCUAAAACUUAUUUGUGUUUGGAAUGCUGUGAGCACGGAGACUGUAGUGUACACCGUAAAUUUGAAAAUGUUUAGCUUAAAUGUUUAAUAGGAAUAAACAGUGCUCAUAAAUGGCUGCUGAGAUAGUAUUCUCAAGUGAAAUGAGUUUGGAACCAGAAACAACAUUCGUUGGUGCAUUCAAUGGACGCAUUACUUAAUAAGCCCAUUGACUUCAAUUAUAUGGAAGUCAGUGGCUACCAGCAACUGUUUGUUUACCGACAUUCUUCAGAAUAUCUUUAUGUUCAAGAGAGAGAAAAGAAACUUAUAUGGGUUUAGAACAAGUGGAGGGUGAGUAAAUAAUGACAGAAUUUGCAACUAUUCCUUUAGCUUAUGCAGGGCUAUAAGUGUGGUCACAUUUAUCCUUGUUCCUAAACGCGAAAUCCAGUCAUUUUGAUAGUAAUCGGUAAGACUGGGAGUUUUGUGAAGAGGAAACAGAAACAGAAUUUGCUUGUUGACCAACAGAAAGCAGCUUGGUUUGAAAGUGGCUUCAGUGGAUUCAUCGCUACACUAUUUACAGUAGAAAUUGUUUAUGCAAAAUUUCACUGAAAUCUUGCCGAAAUCUCAAUAUUGUGACCACACCUAUAGUUCACAUUGUUUUGAUCAUGAACAGAAACUAGUGAUGGGCGCUUUUGAAACAAUGCUUCAUGAAGCUUUGAAGCAUUUAUGAAUCUUUUAUUUCGACUCAAACUCACAGUCAUGUGAUUUCACCAAACAAGGCUUUAUGUUAAACUAGGGAUGCGCGAUUUUAUAGGACCAAUAUCGGAAUCAGCCAGUGGUUUAAAAUGUAAAUAUCAGCAUCAGCCCGAUUUGAAAAAUUAUGCCGAUACACUGCAAGAAACAAUUUGUUGAGUCAACUUAAAAUAAUUUGUUACCUGGCUACCUUAAAAUUUUAAGUUCAGUCAACUCAAAAAAGCUUAUUCUACUUGAAAUGUUAAGUUAUACUAAGUGACAACUUAGAUAUUUGAGUUGAUUCAACUUAAAAUUUUAAGGCAGCUGGGUCACUUACCCAGAUUUUAAUUUUAACAAACACAAGUAUCUAAGUUGUUACUUGGUACAACUUAACAUUUCAAGUUGACUGAACUUAUUUGAGUUGACUGAACUUAAAAAUUUAAGGCAGCAGGGUAACAAAUUAUUUUAAGAUGACUCAACAAAUUGUGUUUUUUGUUUUUUACAGUGUAUGUCUUGCCAGUAAGAGGAAUAACUCGCAUGUGCUCAGGGUGUGCUAGCGAUUAGAUCACAUCAUCAGGUUCAUUCUUAAAGCAAAGUUUUGACUGAAUGAUGAUUAGAUUCAUCUGAGAAUGCACAUACAGAAUUACGCGAUCGGUGUGUGAUAGAGUAAACAAUAGGGAUGGGACCAUACAUCGAUUCGUGGAUCGAUUCUGAGAUCUUCCGAAUGCAUUGGCAUUCCCUUUGGAAUCGAUUCUGAGCUUAGAUUUUAACAGCAGAUGGCGCUGAAUUGCAGUUUAAGUCACUUCCGUGUUGGUUUCAAUAGAGAGAGCGGGAGGUUGCCGAAAAGUCAUUUCACCUCAGCUCAGAAUGCUUUUAUGACGCAAGAUUAUUGUAAACACUGCCCAUUGUGAACACCCUUGUAAUUCGCUUCAACCUUUUCAAAUUGUAUAAAUUAUUAUUUUAGGUUCAAGUGCAUGUAAGGAUUUUGAAACAAGCAGAGCACGGCUGUUUCUAAAGCAAGCAGUGCCAUCUGCUGUUCAAAACUAAGCUCAGAAUCGAUUUGAAAAAAGAAUCGCGAUGUGUUUGGAAAAUGUCGAAUCGAUGCUGAAUCAUUUCUCGAUUCGCGUUGCAACGAUUUAUCGUCCCAUCCCUAGUAAACAAUAAUAGCACAUGCAGCAGCGGCAGCCUCUCCCGGGUCCUAAUGCCCAUUCGGUAACGAGGGUGCUGUUGGCCUAUAUCUAAUAAAAUGAAAGUGAAAUGCACAAAUAAAAUUUAGACUGUGUUUCUGAUUAAAUAAAGCAGUAAUUGAUGUCAUAAACUCAUGAGCAUGUUUUGAUUUAAAAGUCGAAAGCUUACAUGAUUAAAUAUAUCACAAAGACACUUGUAAAUGAAAUCAUUUGAUAUGUACUGAUUUAUUCAUUAUUGUAUAAUGUUAUAUUUUGUAAAAAAAAAAAAAAAAAAAGCUAUACAAGAUUUUCAGAAUUUUUACAACUCUUGCUUUAGACCAUCUACGAAUGUUAAACCUUAAAAUAAAAUGUUAUGAUUACCACUGCGUCUUUCUGAAAAAAAAAAAAAAAAAAAAAAAAAAAAAUGCAGCGAUUGAUAUGUAUAGUUUACUUAUAGUUAUUUUUAAAGCUUCAAUGUACAGUCAUUAAAAAAGAACUUAUUUAAUUCUAACAAAUAAGUUCUUGUUAAAAACUAAGCAAAAAAUUAAAAAUAGUUUCCCUAUAAUAUCCACACAGGAGAGACUUGGUGUUGUUUCCAAACAAAAGGAAAUAUAUUGUUAUCGGCAUCGGCUAUCAGCCAAAAUGAGCUGAAAAAUAUCGGCAAAUCAGAUAUUGUCAAAAAUCCAAUAUCGUGCAUUCCUAUGUUAAACUGUUUGUAACCUUGAUUUCACAACAUAAAAAUUCAAAGGCUGUUGAUCUAGUGAAACUAUUAAUGGUUUUAACUGAUCUCAGGCUAGUUUUAUAUUAUGGGUUCAUUUUUUAAUUAAUUUAAUGAGCUUUAAUACUUUUGCAUGUAUGAUGCAAUAACAAAAAUUACACUUACUUGCUUCUAAUUGACUACAAAUGAAUGAAACACAAAUUUUAAAGAACCUUCAUAUUUGAUCAUUUGUAUAUUACAUUUUAAUGGAUUUUCAUGAAAACAUUUGCAGUCAAAUGUAUCAUUAUGCAUGUUUUUGUUACAUUUACACCUUUUUGACCAGCAGGUGCCGCCAGCCUGUAGUGUUUUGAGCGCUUCAAAUCAUUUUGCAAAGCAAUUGAUUCAGAGCUUCAAAAAGCUUUCUUUCUCCCAUCACUAACAGAUCUUGUUAUUGGUCCUUUGUUCACAUGCAGGGUGUCGGGACGUCUUUCUGGUGGGUUGGGAGAGAGUUGUGUGAAUGUUUGUGCAGGAAAAGUAGGACCCAAAAGCAUAGCUGCCCCAUAGAGUGCCUGUCUCUUCCCCCCAGUGCUGAAUGUAUGAAGUCUCUUGUGCUGCAAGCGCUAUAUAUGUACUGGUACUGAAAGCCUUGUUUGAUUAUUAUUAUUUUAGAUUUUUUUUUUUUUUUAAAUAUACAUUUGUAUUUGCAGGUAAUUUGAAAGCUGCAAAGUGGUUUAGAGUCACUUUUUGUACAAGAUGUCCAGCACGUGUGUGUAAUGUAAUGCAUGCGUGCUCUUACAUGGGGCUCCACUCACCUGUGAAAACCCUGUUGUGGGACGAUGGAUCGUGGAGCAACGAGCAGAUGAAUGAACAGACUCUAUUUUGAAUUCCGGUUUUGAAACGGAUUCUAAUUGGGAUUGGGAUCCUUUUGGGAGUGCAUCUGGUUGCGGAAAGGCAGUGAGCAUUUAUAAAUAUAAAGAAAUAUAUAUAAAAGAUAUAUACAGUGUAUUUGGAACUCAUUCGAUAAGCUUGUGUAAAUACAAAUGUAUCCAUUUUUUUUUUUUUCUUUUAAAUAUUGCAUUAAAUGUUCAAUAUUCUGAAUGAAGUGACAAGCACCAUUAAAGGAAUCAGUAUUAUGGCCAACUGUGAAUUUGGAUCGGGAGCAGAGGGCAGCCUUCAGCGUGAGUGGUGAAAUGUCAGAAGAGAGUGAGGAUGAGUGUCUCUUUGUCGUCGUUGUUGUUGCUGUUUUUUAAUUUGUAAAAUUGUAGAUGAACAUUCUCACUACAUGUCUUAAUGGCUCAGACUCGCUUUAAUGUUUUGAAAUGUUACCAUAUGUGUUUUUUAUGCUGUAUUUGCAAAGAUAAAAAGAUACAGUCACAUAUAAACUAUUUACCAAGCUAA